UAUCUGGUUCUUUCUCUCUCCUUUCUCGUUAAUAAAUAAAAUCUUAAAAAAGAAAGAAAGAGAAAUCAUCCGCUGCUGCUUUUUUCGUUUUUUAAUUUAUCUUUAAUUAAUAUUUUUUCUUCCGGUCACUGGGGCUUGGUGCCUGCACUAUGAAUCCACAGCUCCUGGCAGCCUUUUUUUCCCUUUUUUUCUUUCCAGUUUUAAUUGGAUAGGACAGAGAGAAAUACAGAAAGGAGGGGGAGACAGCCAGGGAGAAAGAGAGAGAGAGAGAGACACCAGCAGGCCUGUUUCACCACUGAAAUGUCCUCGCUGCAGCUGGGGAGCCGGGGUUCAAACCCAGGUCCUUAAGGAGGUCCUUGUGCUUAGUACUAUGUGCACUUAACCAGGUGUGCCACCACCCAGCUCCCUUUUUUUUUCCAAGUUCAUGCCCCCCCACCCUUUUUUUCCCCCUUCCCUGCUUGCAAGGCGAUACGCCAGCCAGUGGGGAGCCAGGAGCUUCAACCCGGAUCCUUGCACUUGUCCUUGCGCUUUGCACUAUGUGCACUUGACCCGGCUCAGCGUGGCCCCCCAGCCAUUACUCUUUUAAGAGAACUCAUUCCAUUGUCAGACAAGGUCUCAGGGUACCAAGCACCGUGUUCACCAAGUUACUGGUCUCCAGCAAACACUUGUCCAGAUGAAUGCUGACUGUCUUACUUUUUCUUUAUUUGCUUUUAGAGAUUAGGUGGAAGUAUCAAAUAUUUGUCUAAAAUUUUGGCAUUCUAAAAUGACAAGCAAAUCAGCUGAUGCCGAAGAAGGGAUCGAAGAGCCAGACCCAGGCGCCACCCCAGAGAACACAGAUCUGCUGCCCCUUGCAGAUGUGAUGAGGGUCUGUGCGGUUCUGGAGGACACCAUAGACCAGCUCUCCAUUCUCAACUACAUCAUGCCGGUUCACUAUGAGACAAGACAAAACCUUACCAUGAAAAGCAAAGAAGUGGAUUCAGAAAGAAAACCUGUAGAAGGUUUUUCAGUAGUAUCCAGUUCACCCUUAUCUAAGGAAGAAAACAAGCGAGAUCAGGCUGCCAAGGAGAUCAACAAAAUGCAAGAUCUUGUCUUCACAAAGCCUACAAGGCAGACCAUAUUGACGACAGAGACACUGAAGAAAAUUCAGAUGGACAGGAAGUUCUUCAGUGAUAUAAUCACAGAUACCUUGCAGGAGUUGGAGGAAUCGAACACUUACACCAGUCUUCUGGACGCUUUGGGCCAGGAAAGUGCAAACAAGGUGCAUUUCUAUGACGUCAUUUCCAGGGAGGAAAAUGGAAGGAAACAGAUAAAAUCUCUUCAAAAACAGCUACUUAAUGUCAAAAGAGAAAGGGAAGCUGAAGUACUGAGUCGCAGUGAGUACAUCGCUCACCUCAAGGACCAGCUGCAAGAGAUGAAGGCAAAAACCAACAUGGAGAAUCGGUACAUGAAGGUGAACUCUGAGCUACAGGUUUCCCAGACCCAGAAGAAAUGCAACAGAGCAGAGGAGCUGCUGCUGGAGGAGAUUGAGAAGUUAAGGCUGAAAACUGAAGAGGAAAACCGGAUUCAUAUGGAGAUUGAACUGUUCCUUAGGAAGGAACAGCAGAAGCUUGAGGAGAAGCUGGAGUUCUGGAUGGACAAGUUUGACAAGGACACAGACAUGAAGCAGAAUGAACUGAAUGCCCUAAAAUCUGCGAAGGCCAGCGACCUGGCUCAUCUGCAGGACCUCGCCAAGACGAUAAGGGAGCGCGAGCAGGCGGUCAUUGAAGAUCGCAUAGAGAAGGACAAAGCGAGGAAGAAGGCGGCACAAGACAAGCUGGAGCUGAAAAGCGCCAUAAAGCUCCAGGCCUGGUGGCGCGGCACGGUGGUCCGGAGGGAGAUUGGCGCUUUCCGGCUGCCGCGCAGGGACAAGGACAACGGCAAGGACUCCAAGGGGAAAGGCAAAGACAGGAGAGGCAAGAAGUAGCGGCCACGGAGAGCCGGGGCCAUCCCUCACCGGUCAGCGACUCACCCGCAGGCCACAUGUUCUCUGUGAGGCCUGGUCCUCACUUUGCUGUCGCAUUGUUUUUUCAACCCUCUCAUCAAAAUUGGACCACUGAUCACACCUAUUAUACAAAAAUUGUUCUCUGUUUUCUUCUGUUUUUGCUGGAAAAUGUUUCUAGGAGCCUUGUGGAUACUCCAACAAAAAAAGUUCUUAGGCUGACUCACAGUGAUGUAUUAAAACUUUAGUAAAUUCCU